AUGGCGAGGGCCGCGGUGGACGUGGAGGACCUGCUGGUGCGCGUGAAGACCGGCGCGGAGGACGAGCUCGCCGCCGUGGCGCGGGAGGUGGCCGCGCUGGCCGGGGACGGCAGGCUCGGGGAGGAUGACGACGAGGACGGCCUCCUCGUGCCGGCGCUGCUCGCGCGCCUCGCCGCCGCGGGCACCGCUGACGCCAGGGUCAGUGUCAUGGCCGCGCUCAGGCGCCUCGCGGGCUGCGUCGCCGGCGAGAGCAAGGAGAGGUUCGCGAGCAUCGAGGCGCUUUCCAGCAUUGUCCGCUCCCUGUCCAGAGACGUCGACGAGAGGAGGGAGGCGAUCGCGGUGCUGCUGGACCUGUCGGACAUCCCGCAGGUCCGGCAGAGGAUUGGCAGGAUCAAAGGGUGUAUCGUGAUGCUAGUCACGCUGAGGAAUGCGCAUGAAUCAGGCACCGUGGACGAUGCGGAGAAGUUGCUCAGCAUUUUGUCGUCCAACCCGCAGAAUGUGCUGUUGAUGGCGGAGGCUGGGUACUUCCUGCCGUUGAUACAGUACCUCAAACAAGGUUCUGACAUGAACAAGGUCCUUAUGGCAACCGCUAUUUCAAAAAUGUUCCUAUCUGAACAUAUGAAAUCUUCCCUCGGCGAGGAUGGAGCUAUUGAACCCCUAGUGGACAUGUUUAAAUAUGGAAACCUUGAAGCCAAGCACUCGGCCUUAGGCGCCUUGCGUAAUCUCUCUAGCUCUCUACAAAAUGCAGAAAUCCUGAUAAAUUCUGGUGUAACAGGACCACUGCUCCAGCUCCUUUUCUCUGUGACAUCAGUGCUCAUGACCCUCAGGGAGCCAGCCUCAGCUAUACUUGCAUCUAUAGCACAAUCUGAGCGUAUUCUACUUCAUAAAGAUGUAGCACCUCAGAUGCUCUCGCUUCUUAAUUUAUCGAGUCCGGUAAUUCAACUUCAUCUUCUGAGGGCCCUAAACAGCAUUUCCGGGCACGCGAAUGCUAAAAGAGCCAGAAGUAAAAUUAGGCAAAAUGGAGGGGUACAACUGCUUCUACCUUUCCUAACAAAAAAGAAUGUGGAUACCAAAAUUGCUGCGUUGCAUUUAAUGUUCCAUCUAUCGAAAGAUUCUUCUCAAGAAUUGGCUGAACAGUUCAAGGAGACCCAUCUAGAUAUUUUGGUAAAGAUCAUCUCUUCUCCUACUUCUGGAGACGAGAAGGCUGCAGCUGUUGGUAUCCUAAGCAACCUCCCUGUGAUAGAUAAGAAGGUAACUGAGAUUCUGAUGCAGGCAAACUUGAUUCCUACUCUGAUGACCUUGUUUGAAGCAAACAUCGCCGCUUCCGUGACACCUCAAAGAAUGUGGUUGCUUGAGGGCAUUGCUGGUGUAUUUAUUCGGUUCACAGUUACCUGGGACAGGAAGCUCCAGAGUUCAGCAGUUGGAUAUGGGGUGGUUCCUUGCCUUGUUAAGUUGCUUUCAGACGGAUCAGUGGACGCCAAGUCUAAAGCAGCGACAUCCUUGGCCCAACUAUCACAGAGCACAAUGGCGCUGCGUAAGUCAAAAUCGCCAAGGUGGCUUUGCGUUCCUCCGUCAGCUGAAUCCUACUGUAUAGUCCACAGCUUCCAGUGCACUGUCAAAAGCACCUUCUGCUUAGUAAAAGCCGGCGCCGUCAAUCCUCUGGUUCAGAUACUAGAAGGUGAAGAGCGCGGAGCAGAUGGAGCAGUGCUGGAAGCACUGGGUACUCUUAUGCAGGACGAGAUCUGGGAGAAUGGGAGUAGAGUGAUAGAGAAGGCAUCAGGCAUCCAUGCUCUGCUGAGGAUUGCCGAAGCCGGAGAGCUGAGUUCCCAGGACAAGGCGUUAUGGAUGCUGGAGCGGAUGUUCCGGCUCGAAGCCCACAGGGAGCGGCACGGCGAGAUCGCGCAGGCUUUGCUCAUCGAUCUUGCCCAGAAAGGAGACCCUGCCCUGAAACCGAUGAUCGGCAAGAUACUGGCUCACCUUGAGCUGCUGCAAACACAAUCUAGCUACUUUUAA